GAAAGAAAGAAAGAAAGAAAGAAAGAAAGAAAGAAAGAAAGAAAGAUGAGAGAAAAUAAAGAGAUGGGGUGGGGGCUAGAGAAGAGAUCCCAUGACGUCCACACUGACAUCACUGGAUCUAGAGAGAAGAGCGCAAGGGGUGAUGAGGAAUGAGACGCGCUCCAGACCCGUGGUCCUGCUCACAAUUGGAAAUGAGCCCGACGCUUUCGCACCUCGAGGAGGAAGCCUGAUGAGCGCUGGAACCACCGGGGCAUCUCAUUGAACUUUGGAAAAACCUCCGCGCCAGAGCCAAACAGACACCCUAUGCACCGAAACGACCUGGAAUCAGAGCACACGGCUUAAAGUGGAUUAUUAGUUAUGUGCCUUCUAAACAAUCAAUUUCUUUGUAAUAUAUCGGUCGUCAUGCGGUGCUGAUGAAUCCAAGACUUGAGCUUUUGUAUUUGUUUCGACAACCCAGGGAAGAGUGCCUCUGCAUGAGUUAGGCGAAUCUUUUUAUUUAUUUAUGAAGGAACUAGAAUUCACAUCGUUUAUUCUUAAAAAUAUGUAAAUAGCUUGGUAUUACCUUGCAUAUAUCUGCAAUGUUUUUAUGGGCAUUUUUCUACUGUUGAUCAAUGUGUGCAAAUGCGCACGGAGGGCGCAGCUCAUGUAACCAUUUACUAUCCAUCACUCCCCGUCUCUCGUGAUGAUACCCGGUUCUAAGUAUUAAGUAUGAUUUGUUUUAUUCUGCCGUCCAUAAAAACGUUCAAACCCAGAAACAUCCCACGGGAUAAGAACAAAUUAUCUUCGUGGGUCGUUGUGAGUUUGCAGCCGGUGAAGAUCAUCCAAAACUCUCUAUAACAUGUGUGUGAGAACAGUCUGAUCGGCAACGGUAUAUUCGCGUCCGUCUCUGGACGUCACAGGAUUUAUACGAUUAAAAUGGACCCGAACUCGAAGGACCUGCCGUGGAAGAUGCGAGGAAGCUAACGUUUAACAAAAAAAAUCCAAAAAAUAAAGACUUCUCCAACGCCGAGGGAGUCAGAUCCCGCCAUGGCCACAACAAUGGACAGUGGCUGCUCCAUGGAGCUGAGUGUCUGGAACGUCAGCGCUGCCGCCGGAGCGUCCGUGCCCUGCAACCAGAGCGUCCUGAGCUUCGCCCCCUACUCCCCGGUGGCGACGGCCAUCUUCGCCACAGCCAUAACCCUCAUGGUGGUCUUCACCAUCGUGGGCAACAUCAUGGUGAUCAUCGCGGUGCUCACCAGCCGCUCACUCCGAGGUCCGCAGAACCUGUUCCUGGUGUCGCUGGCCGCCGCCGACAUCCUCGUGGCCACGCUCAUCAUCCCCUUCUCGCUGGCCAACGAGCUGCUGGGCUACUGGUACUUCAAGACGCUGUGGUGCGAGAUCUACCUGGCGUUGGACGUGCUGUUCUGCACCUCGUCCAUCGUCCACCUGUGCGCCAUCUCGCUGGACCGCUACCUGUCCAUCUCCCGCGUCACCUACAGCAGCCAGCGCACGCCCAAGCGCAUCAAAGCCGCCAUCGUGGUGGUGUGGCUGAUCUCAGCCGUCAUCUCCUUCCCUCCCCUGCUGUCUCUGAACAAGAGCGAGGAGGGCGCCCCCGGGAGCGAGCGGGGCCCUCAGUGCCAGCUCAACGACGAGCGCUGGUACAUCCUGUAUUCCACCAUCGGCUCCUUCUUCGCCCCGUGCGUCAUCAUGAUCCUGGUGUACAUCAGAAUCUACCAGAUCGCCAAGCAGAGAACGCGGUGCCCGCCGGGAGAGCCCCGGAAAGACGGCGUGGGCAGCGCCACGCCGCGCCAACCAGCGCGCCACGCGCACGCCAACGGCAACGACGAGGAGGACAGCACGCCGCCCUCCACCAAGAAGACCUCCAACGCGAGGCCCCCGACCCUGGCGAUCACCGCCUCUCCCUCCCCGCAGGGGUCCCCGUCGCCCCCCGACGCCACGCCUAACAACCUGCUGCAUCCUCCCUCCCCUACCCCUCUCACGACCCAGGCCCGCCCGCCCCAGGCGAACUGCUCCAAGAACAAGGCGGGGGGGAAGAAGGGCAAGAAGGGCCUGGGGCGCAAGAAGGCAGAGAACAACAACGGCGACAGCUCCAGCACCGAGAGCGACACGGAACACAACCACAGCACGCGGCGGGGCAGCACCAGCAUGGUGGGCUCCCCUGCAGGUGGGGGGAUCCACUCCCCGGCGACCAUCCAGCGCUACCGCGAGAUGAUAGCCACGUCCAAGGGGUCACUCCUGGCGCCGGGGAGGAAGUCCAAACCGGAAACCAAUCCGGGCGCGGCGAGACGCAAGGCCAUGAUGAACAGGGAGAAGCGCUUCACCUUCGUGCUGGCCGUGGUGAUCGGCGUCUUUGUGGUCUGCUGGUUCCCCUUCUUCUUCUCGUACUCCCUGCUGGGCGUGUGCCCGGAGGCCUGCAUCCUGCCCGACCCGCUCUUCAAGUUCUUCUUCUGGAUCGGCUACUGCAACUCCUGCCUUAACCCGGUGAUCUACACAAUCUUCA